GCCCAACCGCCCCCGCGCGGGGGCCGGGGGCUGGAGGCGGCCAUAGCGGUGUGCGGCGAGGGCGGGAGGGCUCCUGCCGCCCCCUCCUCCCGGAGGUGGGGAUGGCAGCGCCUUCUUCCGAGAGGGGCUCGCAGGCUCUCCGGGAAGGCGCCUGAGGGAGCACCCUCCUUCUGCAACUUCUUCGCUCCAGGGCGGGACGGGCUUUUCGCCGCGCUAGGCCGCAGCCGGCGGUGCGAGUAAGGACCCAGGGCCGAGGCCUUGGCCUUGUCCUUGUCCGGUCGAACAUGACCAACCCGCUCGACUGUGAGCGUGCGAAGCAGCUGCCGCCGGAAACGCUGCGUGUGAGUGAGACACCAAUGACAAACUUGAAUGUGAACAAUGAAAAGAAUUUUGUGAGAAGAACUCUGAAAGCUAAAAAGUGUCGAUUUGAUCAGUCCUUGGUUACUUUCACCAAAAAAUUCAUGGAUCUUGUCAAAGCAGCUCCAGAUGGUGUCCUUGAUUUAAAUGAAGUAGCAACAAUGCUUGGAGUACCAAAGCGAAGAUUGUAUGACAUCACCAGUGUUUUGCAUGGAGUCCACUUAAUUCGGAAAAGAUCCAAGAAUGUUAUCCAGUGGAUAGGUUCUAAUAUUGACCUUGUUUCUGGAAAAGCACGAGCCCAGCAAAGCCUUGAAGAUGAACUUUUUGAAUUGUCAGAAAUGGAAGAAGCUCUGGAUGAAUUAAUCAAGGAAUGUGCUUGUCAGUUAUUUGAGCUGACAGAUGACAAAGAAACUGCAAAACUAGCUUAUGUGACAUACCAAGAUAUCCGUAGCAUUCAAACAUUUCAGGAACAGAUUGUGAUUGCAAUCAAAGCUCCAGAGGAAACCAUACUGGAAAUACCAAUUCCUAAAGAGGAUUGCAUAGAAGUACACGUGAAGAGCACAAAAGGACCCAUUGAUGUGUAUCUAUGUGAGGUGGAACAAGGGAAGUCAGGUGCCAAAACUUGUGAAGAUAUGGAUACUGUCACUUCUGAAACUGAACCAUCAGUUCCUCCCAUGGAAGUGAGAUCUCCAGGGGAAGAGAAAAUCAAUCCACUUGAGAUGGCAGAUUGAUUACAACUCAGAAAUCUGAUACAGAAUGUAAAUAUCUGUGUUACAGAGCUUUUCCAAAACCACUCAGAAAAUCAAGAGUUAAGCCUUACGCUGUGUAGGUUCUGUUUGCAUUGUUUGCAUUCAGCUCUACAUGAGCAAUGGUACCAGUACUGACCUUAAAUAGUUGUAUAUAUGUGUAGCAUGUUUAGGUAGUUACUGAUGUAGAUUUAUUUAAUUGUUUUACAUUUCUGUCUUUGUACAGCAAAGAAAUAAAAUAAGUUUAUAAAAUAAAUA